CUCGAGGGGGGCCCGGCGGCGCCGCGAGCGGCCCAGCUGGGAUGGUGGCGCGGGCGCGGGCCGGUCUGCUGCUGCUGGCGUCGCUGGCACGCACGAGCGGCCUCGGGAACGCCUCCGGGGCGAACGCGUCGGCCGGGGCCAACGGCUCCAGCGCGGACAACAGCAGCGCCGCCAACGGGUCCGACGCGGACAACAGCAGCGCCGCCAACGGCAGCGGCUGCAGCGCCCCCGCGGGGGUCUCGGGAGCGUUCGCGCCGCCGUGCGUCGAGGGAGGCUCGAUCGCCGAGGGGGGCACGUGCACGGCCAGGUGCGAGGCCGGGCAUACCCCGUCGCGCUUCUCCCUGAGCUGCGCCAACGGGUCGCUGUCGCCGGCCGCGUUCGAGUGCGAGAGCGCGUGCAGCUCGCGCGGCGCCGCUGUGCCUGCGGCCCUCUGGGACAGUCCGACCGCGGCCUCGCCGGUGGCGGGCGCGUGCGCAGACUCCGCGAGCGGCUGGUGCAGCCACCCGGGGUGUGGAGCGCUGGCCGUCUUCUUCGCCGGCGACCUCGAGUGGGCCGCCCGGGGCUUGUUCGGUGACCUCGCCUGCGCCACCUUCGCGAGGUGGGGCCCGGGCGGCGCGGGCUCCCUCGCGAGCGCCGAUGUGCUGGUCGUCGUGUCGUCCACGCAGCUGCUGGGGCUGCCGCCGAGCGCCCUGCGCCAGGCGGGCCUCGCCGGGGCCGUGGCCCUCCUGGACGAGGCGUGCAGCUCCGGGGACCUCGGCGCGCUGCCGCUCGCGGAGCCUCCAGCAGCGCCGCCUGGCCGCGGGACUGGCCGAGCCGCCCGGGAACGCGACGGCGGCGGAGUUGGCGGCGCUGCUGCGGAGCGUCGGCGGCGGCUUCUGUUUGCCGCCCCAGCUCUGGAGUGCUGGGGUCCCCGAGUGUUGUACAUCGGGGGAGACCGCGCGGUGGCGGCCGGCUGCGGCGGGACGCCGCGCCCAGGAGCUGCCCCCGGGGGCCUGGGCCCUCUCGGGCGCGGCGGAGCACGGCGUGCUCCGCGCGGGCCUCGCGGCCCUCCGCGCCGCGGGCCGGCCUGCCCCGGCGCCCGGCGCCAAGCCGCGGCUGCUGGCGUAGCGCGGAGGAGGGAAGGUCGGCGUGAGCACCCACUCGCAUCAUCUACGACGCGCUCAGCCCCCUGGGGCCGGUAGAGGCUCUCGGCGACUGCUACGGGUCGCGCCCCCGCAGCCGGCCGGCAAGGUGCCGGGGGCGGCCGUGCGUGCCGCGCGGAGGCCACGGCCUGGAAGGCGACCUGAGGCCCUACCGCUUUGCGCUGGUGGUCGAGGCGUCGGCCAACAGCAGCUACAGGUGCCCUCGCCUAUUGGGGCCCGCCGCCCUCUCCGCGCUGGCCGCGGGCGCCAUACCCGUCUUCCGCGGGCCGGUGGAGGCGCACGCGGUGCUGAACCGGAACGCGAUGGUCCAUUCGCUGCCGUCUUCCUCGGUGGUGAGCACCCUGCACCGGCUGCUGCGGGUGGUCCACAACGCCUCCGCGGAGC